AUGGCGGCGGCUGCGUGGGCUCCAGGCUGGGCAACGAGGCCAGUCCUGCUCCUGCUGCUGCUGCUGCUGCCGCCGCCGCCCCUGCUGCGGGCGGUGAGCGCCUCUCGGGAACCCCGGGCCGCGUCCCGGCUCAGCCUGCACCCGCCCUACUUCAAUCUGGCGGAGGCGGCGAGGAUUUGGGCCACCGCCACCUGCGGGGAGCGGGAGCCUGGCGGCACGCGGCCCCGGCCCGAGCUCUAUUGCAAGUUGGUGGGGGGGCCUACCGCCCCGGGCAGCGGCCACACCAUCCAGGGCCAGUUCUGUGACUAUUGCAAUUCUGAGGACCCCAGGAAAGCACAUCCAGUCACCAAUGCAAUUGAUGGAUCUGAGCGCUGGUGGCAAAGCCCUCCUCUCUCCUCAGGCACACAGUACAACAAAGUCAAUGUCACCUUGGAUCUAGGGCAGCUUUUCCAUGUGGCCUAUAUUAUAAUCAAAUUUGCAAAUUCUCCUCGCCCUGAUCUUUGGGUCUUGGAAAGAUCUGUAGAUUUUGGAAGCACCUACUCACCUUGGCAAUACUUUGCUCACUCUAAAGUAGAUUGUUUGGAACAAUUUGGGCAGAAUGCAAAUAUGGCUAUCAGCCAAGAUGAUGAUGUACUUUGUACUACUGAAUAUUCCCGGAUUGUACCUUUGGAAAAUGGUGAGAUUGUGGUGUCCUUGAUAAAUGGUCGACCAGGUGCAAAAAAUUUUACUUUCUCUCACACCCUGAGGGAGUUCACAAAGGCUACAAACAUCCGCCUAUGUUUUCUCCGAACCAACACCCUUCUUGGACACCUCAUUUCCAAAGCACAGAGAGAUCCAACCGUCACUCGGCGGUAUUAUUACAGCAUAAAGGACAUCAGCAUUGGUGGGCGGUGUGUUUGCAAUGGCCAUGCAGAAGAGUGCAAUGCAAACAAUCCUGAAAAACUGUUUCGGUGUGAAUGCCAGCACCACACCUGUGGGAAGACGUGUGAUCGCUGUUGUGCCGGGUACAAUCAGAGGCGCUGGCGGCCCGCCACGUGGGAGCAGAGCAAUGAGUGCGAAGCAUGCAACUGCCAUGGUCAUGCCAUCGACUGUUACUAUGAUCCUGAUGUCGAGAGGCAGCGGGGAAGCUUGAAUAUCCAAGGCAUCUAUGCAGGUGGAGGGGUCUGCAUUAAUUGUCAGCAUAAUACAGCUGGUGUGAACUGUGAAAUCUGUGCUAAGGGUUAUUACCGCCCUUACGGCGUUCCAGUGGAUGCCCCGCAUGGCUGCAUCCCUUGCAGCUGUAACCCCGAACACGCAGAUGACUGUGAGCCGGGCUCAGGCCGCUGCAAGUGCAAACCGAAUUUCCGCGGAGACAACUGUGAGGAAUGUGCGGUUGGGUACUAUAAUUUCCCGUUUUGCUUGAGAAUUCCCAUAUUCCCUAUUUCUACCCCAAGUCCGGAAGAUUCAGUAGCUGGAGAUAUGAAAGGGUGUGACUGUAACUUGGAAGGAGUUCUCCCUGAAAUAUGCGAUGCCUACGGAAGGUGCCUCUGCCGCCCUGGGGUCGAGGGCCCUCGGUGUGAUGCCUGCCGCCUGGGUUUCUACUCCUUCCCUAUUUGCCAAGCCUGCCAGUGUUCAGUCCUUGGCUCCUACCAAACGCCUUGCAGCCCAGUGACGGGGCAGUGUGAAUGCCAGCCGGGGAUUACAGGACAGCGCUGUGACAGGUGUCUCUCAGGAGCCUCUGAUUUCCCCCACUGUCAAGGCUCCAGCGGUGCCUGUAACCCAGCUGGUACCCUGGACUCCAGUUUGGGAUACUGCCAGUGCAAGCUUCAUGUUGAAAGUCCUUCAUGCAGCGUCUGCAAACCAUCAUAUUGGAAUCUGGCCAAAGAAAACCCCAGCGGAUGUUCAGAAUGCCAGUGCCACGUGGCGGGAACAGUGAGUGGAAUUGGAGAGUGUGGGCAGCAGGAUGGUGACUGUCACUGCAAGUCUCAUGUCAAUGGCGAUUCCUGUGACACGUGUGAAGAUGGAUAUUAUGCUUUGGAAAAGAGCAAUUACUUUGGGUGUCAAGGGUGUCAGUGUGACAUCGGUGGAGCGAUCACCCCCAUGUGCAGUGGGCCUUCCGGAGGAUGCCGUUGCCGAGAGCAUGUCGUGGGGAAGGCGUGCCAGCGACCUGAAAACAACUACUAUUUCCCGGAUUUGCAUCAUAUGAAGUAUGAGAUUGAAGAUGGCACUGUACCUAAUGGGAGAGAACUUCGGUUUGGAUUUGAUCCCCUGGAAUUUCCUGAGUUUAGCUGGAGAGGAUACGCCCAGAUGACCUCAGUGCAGAAUAAAGUGAGGAUCAUGUUGAAUGUGGGGAAGUCAAGUCUUGCCUUGUUUCGCGUUAUUCUGAAAUAUAUUAACCCUGGAACUGAAGCCGUAUCUGGCCACGUGACUAUUUACCCAUCCUGGGCUGAGGCAGGUGCUGCUCAAAGCAAAGAAGUCCUCUUCCUGCCAAGUAAGGAGCCAGCCUUUGUCACAGUCCCCGGAAAUGGUUUGGCAGACCCGUUUUCAAUUGCACCAGGGACAUGGCUUGCUUGUAUUCAAGCAGAGGGGGUCCUCCUGGACUACCUGGUGCUGCUUCCCAGAGACUACUAUGAGGCAUCCUCACUGCAACUGCCAGUCACACAGCCGUGCGCCGACUCAGGACCUCCCCAAGAGAAUUGCUUGCUUUACCAGCAUUUGCCAGUGACCCGAUUCCCCUGUGCCCUGGCUUGUGAGGCCAGACACUUCCUGCUUGAUGGAGAGCCAAGACCCUUGGCAGUGAGGCAGCCUACUCCCGCACACCCGGUCAUGGCGGACCUCAGUGGUAGAGAGGUGGAGAUACAGCUGCGGCUGCGAGUUCCCCAGGUCGGCCACUACGUGGUGGUGGUGGAGUAUUCCACGGGAGCAGACCAGCUGUCUGUGGUUGCUGUGCACAUGCAGAGCCCUGGGUCAGUCCUGAGAGGCCAGGUGAACAUCUACAGCUGCAUGUACAGCAUCCUCUGCCGGAGUGUUGUGACUGAUGGCAGGAGUCGCAUCGCUGUCUAUGAACUGUUAGCAGAUACAGACAUUCAGCUCAAAGUGCGUGGGGCCCGAUUCCUUCUGCAUCAAAUUUGUAUCAUACCCAUUGAAGAAUUCUCAGUUGAAUAUUUGAGACCUCAAGUCAAGUGCAUUGCCAGUUACGGGCAAUAUGUUAAUCAAAGUGCUUCUUGUGUCUCCCUGGUUCUCAAAACUCCUCCAACAGCAUUAAUUUUGGAUGUCCCAAGUGGUGAGUCUUCCCUUCUCCUGCCCCAAGAUCCUUCACCUUCUGCUGAUGUUACUGGAGUCACCUUGAAGGCGCCACAGAACCAAAUGACCCUGAGAGGACUUGUACCACACCUGGGCAGAUAUGUCAUUGUCAUCCAUUUUUAUCAGUCAGCGCACCCAACAUUUCCCACGCAGGUGUUUGUGGAUGGAGGGCGGCAGUGGGCAGGUGUCUUCCGUGCCUCUUUUUGCCCCCACACACUUGGCUGCAGGGACCAAGUGAUUGCUGAAGAUCAGGUUGAGUUUGACAUCUCAGAGCCAGAGGUAGCUGUGACUGUGGAGGUUCCAGAAGGAAAGUCCUUAGUGUUGGUCCGUGUUCUGGUGGUGCCUGCGGAGAAUUACGACUACCAAAUACUUCACAAAAAAUCAGUGGACAAAUCAUUUGAGUUUAUCACCAAUUGUGGAGCAAACAGUUUUUAUAUUGACCCCCAGACGGCCUCUGGAUUCUGUAAGACCUCUGCCAGAUCCCUGGUGGCCCUUUACCACAAGGGUGCACUGCCCUGUGAGUGCCACCCUACUGGGGCCAUUGGCCGUCACUGCAGCCCAGAGGGCGGGCAGUGCCAGUGCCAACCCAAUGUCAUUGGGCGACGGUGUACCCGCUGUCGAGUGGGCUACUAUGGAUUCCCACGCUGCAAGCCAUGCAACUGUGGCCGGCGCCUUUGUGAGGAGACGACGGGGAAGUGCCUCUGCCUUCCCCACACGGUCGGGCCCCAGUGUGAGGUGUGUGACCGGCAUUCCUUCAGCUUCCACCCCCUGGCUGGCUGCGAAAGCUGCAACUGUUCUAGGAGGGGCGCCAUUGGGGCAGCCACCCCGGAGUGUGACAGGGACCACGGGCAGUGCAGGUGCAAGCCCAGAGUCACAGGGCGGCAGUGUGACCAGUGUGCUCCUGGGUUUUACCACUUCCCCGAGUGCGUCCCCUGUCAUUGCAACAGGAAUGGGACUGAGCCAGGGGUCUGCAACCCAGGAACCGGAGCUUGCUUGUGCAAGGAGAACGUGGAGGGUACGGAAUGUAAUGUGUGUCGAGAAGGAUCCUUCUACUUGGACCCAGCAAAUCCCGUGGGUUGCACCCGCUGCUUUUGUUUUGGAAUAAAUAACAAUUGUCACAGUACACAUAAAAGAAGAGCUAAGUUUGUGGACAUGAUGGGUUGGCGCCUGGAGACGGCAGACAGAGCAGACAUCCCCGUCUCAUUCAACCCGGGCAGCAGCAGUGUGGUCGCGGACCUCCAGGAGCUGCCCUCAACCGUGCACAGUGCGUCCUGGGUCGCGCCUCUUUCCUACCUGGGAGACAAGGUUUCUUCCUAUGGUGGUUACCUCACCUACCAAAUCAAGUCCUUUGGGCUACCUGGCGACAUGGUUCUUCUAGAAAAGAAGCCGGAUGUGCAGCUCACUGGUCAGCACAUGUCCAUCAUCUAUGAGGAGCCAAAUAACCCACGGCCAGACCGUCUGUAUCACGUGCGUGUGCAGGUGGUGGAGAUGAUGGUACUGUCUAGACUAGAAGGUGUGCGUCUCCGAGGCCUCUACUUCACCGAGACUCAGCGGCUCUCCUUGAGCGGGGUGGGACUGGAGGAGGCCUCUGCCACAGGAAGUGGGCGUAGAGCACAUCAUGUGGAGAUGUGUGCCUGCCCCCCUGGCUACACCGGUGACUCAUGCCAGGGUUGUAGCCCCGGAUACUAUCGGGAUAGCAAAGGUGCAUAUACCGGACGAUGUGUUCCCUGCAAUUGCAACGGACAUUCAAAUCGAUGCCAGGAUGGCUCGGGAAUAUGUAUCAACUGCCAGCAUAACACUGCUGGGGAACACUGUGAGCGCUGCAAAGAGGGUCACUAUGGGAAUGCCAUCCACGGACACUGUAGCGUCUGCCCAUGUCCUCAUUCCAACAGUUUUGCCACUGGCUGUGUUGUGACUGGGGAAAACGUGAGGUGCUCCUGCAAACCUGGAUACACAGGCACACAGUGCGAAAGGUGUGCACCCGGGUAUUUCGGGAACCCCCAGAAGCUUGGAGGUAGCUGCCGGCCGUGCAGUUGUAACAACAAUGGCCAGUUGGGCAGUUGUCACCCCUUGACGGGAGACUGCAUAGACCAAGAGCCCAAAGAUGGCAGCCCUGGAGAAGAAUGUGAUGAUUGUGACAGCUGUGUGAUGACGCUCUUGAAUGACCUGGCCACCAUGGGUGACGAGCUCCACCUGGUCAAGUCUCAGCUGCAGGGCCUGAGUGCCAGCACCGGCACUUUGGAACAGAUGAAGCACUUGGAGACCCAGACCAAGGACCUGAGGAAUCAGUUACUCAACUACCGUUCUGCCAUUUCAAAUCAUGGAUUAAAAAUGGAUGGUCUGGAAAAAGAACUGAGUAAUCUGAAUCGAGAGUUUGAAGCUUUGCAAGAAAAGGUUCAAAUAAAUUCUAGAAAAGCACAAACAUUACAUAACAAUGUUGAUCGGACAACCCAAAGCACAAAGGAGCUGGACACAAAGAUUAAAAAUGUCAUCCGGAAUGUGCACAUUCUCUUGAAGCAGAUCUCUGGGACAGAUGGGGAAGGAAACAAUGUGCCAUCAGGGGAUUUUUCCAGAGAGUUGGCUGAAGCAGAGCGCAUGAUGACAGAGCUACGGAGCCGCAACUUUGGAAAGCACCUGAGAGAAGCAGAAGCUGAAAAAAGAGACGCUCAGCUCUUGCUGAAUCGGAUAAGGAGCUGGCUGGAAAACCACCAAGUGGAGAACAGUGCACUUGUCAAGAACAUACGGGAUUCUUUAAAUGAGUACGAGGCCAAACUCCGUGAUCUGCGGGCCGCACUACAAGAGGCAACUGCCCAGGCAAAGCAGGCCACUGGCCUCAACCGAGAAAACGAGAAGACUUUGGAAUCCAUCAAGAGACAAGUUAAAGAAAUGAAUUCCCUACAGAGUGAUUUCACCAAGUACCUAACCACGGCAGACUCUUCCUUACUGCAGACCAACACGCUGCUGCAGCUGAUGGAGAAAAGCCGGGAGGAAUAUGAAAAACUAGCUGCCACUUUAAAUGAAGCAAGACGUGAGCUAAGUGACAAAGUGAGAGAACUUUCUCAGUCCGCCAGUAAAGCCUCCCUGGUGGUGGAGGCAGAAACGCACGCACAGUCUUUACAGAAGCUGGCAAAGCAGCUGGAGGAGAUCAAGAGGAAUGCCAGUGGGGAUGAGCUGGUGCGCUGUGCAGUGGAUGCUGCCACCGCCUACGAGAAUAUCCUCAACGCCAUCAGAGCAGCGGAGGACGCGGCUGACAAGGCCACUAGCGCAUCUGAGUCUGCCCUCCAGACGGUGAUAAAGGAAGAUCUUCCAAGAAAAGCAAAAACCCUGAGUUCUGACAGUGAUAAACUAUUAAAGGAAGCCAAGCUAACACAGAAGAAGCUACGGCAAGAAAUCAGUCCGGCUCUCAACAACCUACAGCAAACUCUGAAAGUUAUGACAGUUCAGAAAGGAUUGAUUGAUACCAAUAUCACUGCCAUCCGAGAUGACCUUCGUGGGAUACAGAGCGAUGACAUCAGUGAUAUGAUCAGUAGGGCAAAGAGCAUGGUCAGAAAUGCCAACGACAUCACAGAUGAGGUUCUAGAUGGGCUCAACCCUAUUGAGACAGAUGUGGCAAGAAUUAAGGAUACCUAUGGGAGCACACAGAGAGAAGACUUCAACAAGGCUCUCACUGAUGCAGAUAACUCAGUGAAGAAAUUAACCAACAAACUGCCUGACAUUUUGAGCAAGAUUGAAAGUAUCAACCAACAGCUGUUGCCACUGGGCAAUAUCUCUGACAACGUGGACCGUAUCCGGGAGCUAAUUCAGCAGGCCAGAGAUGCUGCAAAUAAGGUUGCUGUCCCCAUGAGGUUCAAUGGUAAAUCUGGAGUUGAAGUCCGGCUGCCGGAUGACCUAGAUGAUUUGAAAGGAUACACAUCUCUUUCUUUGUUUCUCCAAAGACCUGAGUCAAAAGAAAAUGGGGGGACUGAGAAUAUGUUUGUGAUGUACCUCGGAAAUAAAGAUGCCUCCAGGGACUACAUCGGCAUGGCAGUUGUAGAUGGCAAGCUCACGUGUGUCUACAACCUGGGAGAACAGGAGUCUGAACUCCAAGUGGACCAGAGCUUGACUGAGAGCGAAACUCAGGAGGCGGUUAUGGACCGGGUGAAAUUUCAGAGAAUUUAUCAGUUUGCAAGCCUAAAUUACACCAAAAAAGCCACAUCCAGUAAACCUGAAAUACCCCAAUUCCAUGACAUGGAGAGUGGAAACAGCAACACCCUCCUCAACCUGGACCCUGAAAAUGUUGUAUUUUAUGUUGGAAGUUACCCAUCUGACUUUAGACUUCCCGCCAGACUAAGGUUCCCUCCGUACAAAGGUUGUAUUGAACUGGAUGACCUCAAUGAAAAUGUUCUGAGCUUGUACAACUUCAAAAAAACUUUCAAUCUCAACACAACUGAAGUAGAGCCUUGUAGAAGGAGAAAGGAAGAGUCAGACAAAAAUUAUUUUGAAGGUACAGGCUAUGCUCGAGUUCCAACUCAACCAAAUGCUCCCUUCCCGACCUUUGGACAAACGAUUCAAACCACCGUGGAUAGAGGUUUGCUGUUCUUUGCAGAAAAUCAGGAUCGCUUCAUAUCUCUAAAUAUAGAAGAUGGCAAUCUCCUGGUGCGCUACAAACUGAAUUCAGAGCCACCAAAAGAAAAAGGAGUUACCCACACUGUCAACAACGGAAAAGACCAUUCGAUCCAGAUCAAAAUCGGGAAAGCCCAAAAACUCAUGUGGAUAAAUGUGAAUUCUAAAAAAAUCAGAAUUGAAGGUGAAAUAUUCGAUUUCGGCACAUACUAUCUGGGAGGGAUUCCAAUUUCAAUCAGGGAAAGGUUUAACAUUUCUACACCUGCUUUCCGAGGCUGCAUGAAAAAUCUGAAGAAAACUACUGGUGUUGUUAGGUUGAAUGACACUGUGGGAGUAACAAAAAAGUGCUCAGAAGACUGGAAGCUCGUGCGAUCUGCCUCAUUCUCCAGGGAUGGACAAUUGAGUUUCACCAAUUUGGAUUUGGCUUUUCCCAACCACUUCCAGGCCUCCUUUGGAUUUCAGACCUUUCAACCCAGUGGCCUAUUAUUAAGUCACCAGACAGAGGCAAAUAACCUGCAGGUCACCCUGGAAGAUGGUCACAUUGAACUGAACACCAGGGAUGGAAGUAGCCCCAUUUUUAAAUCCCCCCAGACGUACAUGGAUGGUUUGCUGCAUUACGUAUCUGUAAUAAAUGAUGACUCUGGACUCCGGCUUCUCAUUGAUGACCAGCCUCUGAAGAAUAACCACAGGCUAAGACACUUGUCAAAUUCCCAGCAAACCCUGCGUCUGGGCGGAAGUCACUUUGAGGGUUGUAUCAGCAAUGUUUUUAUCCAGAGGCUCUCAGAGAGACCUGCAGUCCUGGACUUGGCCAGUAAAUCUACCAAGAGAGGUGUGUCCCUGGGAGGCUGCAGUUUAAAUAAACCACCUUUCCUCAUGUUGCUUAGAGGUUCUACAAGGUUUGACAAAGCCCACACUUUCAGUAUCAACCAGCCAUUGCGGGACACACCAGCGGCCUCCCCAAGGAGCAUGGAGGUGUGGCGAGAGGCCCAGUCUUGCCGGCCACCUCCCCGGGCCCAGGCCAGUCACGGAGCCCUCAGGUUUGGGGACCAUCCCACCAGCCACUUGCUCUUCACGAUUCCCCAGGAGUUGCUGGAACCCAGGUCACUGUUUGCUGUGGACGUGCGGACAGCCUCCUCCAGAGGGCUCGUGUUUUACACGGGCACUAAGAGUUCCUAUAUGGCUCUUUAUCUUUCAAAGGGACGACUCAUCUUUGCUUUGGGGGCAGAAGGGAAAAAGCUGAGGCUCAAAAGCAAAGAGAAGUGCAAUGAUGGGAAAUGGCACACGGUGGUGUUUGGGCAAGAUGGAGAAAAGGGGCACUUGGUUGUGGAUGGUCUGAGGGCCCAUGAAGGAAGUUUGCCUGGAAAUUCCACCUUCGGCCUCAGAGCACCAGUUUACCUGGGAUCACCUCCCUCAUGGAAACCAAAGGUCACGGCCUCUGUGGACAGUGAGGCGGGGGGCAUCUUGACAUCAGUUACACCAAAGCAGUCUCUGUGUGACGGGCGGUGGCACUCGGUGACAGUCACCAUAAAACAACACAUCUUGCACCUGGAACUGGACACAGAGAAUAGCUACACAGCUGGACGGCUCCCCUUCCCACCUGCCAGCACUCAGGAGCCACUGUACAUUGGAGGCAUUCCAGCCCACUUGAAGACGCUGAAGCUCCCUGUGUGGAAAUCAUUUUUUGGCUGUCUGAAGAAUAUUCAAGUCAACCACAUUCCUAUCCCUGUCACUGAAGCCAUGGACGUCCAGGGAUCUGUCAGUCUGAAUGGCUGUCCUGAUCACUAA